AUGUCGGCCGCGGAGGCAGACGGUAUAUUCCACAGAGCCCGGGGCAGGACCCUGGACGCGUUUUCCUCAGAAAAGGAAAGAGAAUGGAAAGGCCCCUUCUACUUCAUCCAAGGGGCAGACCCACAGUUUGGACUGAUGAAGGCCUGGUCCGUCGGGGACUGUGACAAAGGUGGGGAUGAGUGGGAACAGGAGAUCCGUCUGACUGAACAAGCUGUCCACGCCAUCAACAAGCUGAACCCCAGACCCAGGUUCUUGGUUCUGUGUGGGGACCUCAUUCAUGCCAUGCCAGGAAUGCCCUGGAGGAAGGAGCAGACAGCGGACCUGCAGCGAGUGCUCAAGGGUGUGCACAGUGAGAUCCCACUGGUCUUUGUCAGCGGCAACCACGACAUUGGCAACGUCCCCACAGCUGAGUCUGUCUCGGAGUUCUGCCAGACGUGGGGAGACGACUAUUUCAGCUUCUGGGUUGGGGGCGUCUUGUUCCUAGUCCUCAACUCCCAGUUCCUGUAUGAUGCCUCCCGGUGCCCUGCCUUGAAGCAGGCCCAGGACCUCUGGCUGGAGGAGCAGCUGAGCACCGCGGGGAAGCGCGCCUGCCAGCACGCCAUUGUCUUCCAGCACAUUCCGCUGUUCCUCCAGCGCAUCGACGAAGAUGAUGACUACUUCAACCUCACCACGUCAGUCCGUCAGGAGAUGGCGGACAAGUUCAUCAAAGCAGGUAUCAAGGCUGUGUUCUCAGGCCACUACCACAGGAACGCCGGGGGCACCUAUCAGAACCUCGACAUGGUGGUGUCAUCUGCCAUCGGAUGUCAGCUGGGCAAAGACACGCACGGGCUCCGGGUCGUGGUGGUGACAGCUGAGAACAUCGUUCAUCGAUACUACAGCUUAGAUGAGCUGAGUGAACGUGGCCUAGACCCCGACCUGAUGGAGCUAAUGAAGAAGAAAUGA